AUGCCUGGGGCUAGGCAGAUUGGCACUUGCAACCAGAAUCAAAAGGAGAUCGAUCUUUGGGAGAAAGCUUUCCUACAUGUGAAGGCCUCAAUGAUCUGGAGGAGGUGGCCAGGACCUCAGGGAGUGCAGAGAGUGCAGAGAGUGGCUGUUUCGUUCUCUGCUCCAGACGGCGACCAGCCUCGUGAAGAUGAAGGCGCAGCGCUGCCUUCGAAGACCUUCAGUGAUUCGGGGACUCACAACGAAGAGGUCGUCCGGCUGCGGCGCGUGGAGCGUGGCAUGCCCAGGGCGUGGUUUGGGCCUGAUGGCAUGGAGGAGGACAACUACACCUUCAAGAGUGCCAUCAUCAACAAGCUUCCAAUCGCAGAGCACAAGGAGGAGAUCACUCAGCUCAUCAACGACAAUCAAAUCGUGUUGAUUCAAGGAGAGACCGGUUGUGGCAAAACAACGCAGGUCCCGCAGUACAUUCUAGAGGCAGCCCUCAAGGCCCAGGCCGACGCCCGACGCCCAGAGGGGAAGACCUCCUCGGAUCUGCGGCGGCCGGUGCGGAUCGUCGUCACGCAGCCUCGGCGGAUUGCCGCCAUCACGGUGGCCAAGCGUGUGGCGGAAGAGCUUGGAGAGAAGGUUGGCGAGGGGGUGGUAGGCUACAAGAUCCGUGGCACUACUGUGGCGGGACCCAAAUGCAAACUACUCUUCUGCACCACUGGAGUGAUCCUGCGUCGACUGGCGAAUGAGGGGCACAAUUUCAUGUUUGGUCCGAAGACGGUUACUCACUUACUUGUGGACGAGGUGCACGAGAGAGGGGUCGAGACCGACUUCAUGCUGACCUUCCUUAAGCAGGUCCGGAACAAUAGGCCCAAGCUCCGGGUGGUUCUCAUGAGUGCCACCAUGGACACGGAGUGCUUCCUGAAAUACUUCAGCUUUCCGGAAAAAGUGGUAACCGUGGGCGAGCUUGUGCAGCCGCCGAUGGUGGUUUGCCCGGCCUUCUGCCAUCCGGUGGCUGAGUGCUACCUCGAGACCAUCAAUGCUCGCCUGGGUCGGAACCGCUCGCCUGAAGCGAAAAGUCCGGACGAGCUGCGACAAACCUUAAUGUCAGAGAGUGAUGGGAUUGAUUAUGAGCUCAUCCUCAAGAUUGUGGAAGAGAUCGAAAUAUCUCCCGAGGGUGCCUGGACCUUUGCGCCGGAGUCCAUGCGAACGCUUCCCAAGGAUCCCCGGAAGGGUGCCAUCUUGGUGUUUCUGCCCGGCCUGGGAGAGAUCACUCAGCUCAUGUCGAAGCUCGCGGAGGACAGUCAAAUGGCCUCCAAGUGGUGGCUGCUGCCGCUACAUGCCAAUCUGCCUCCAGAGGAGCAGCAGGCCUGCUUCAAUGUCACAUUGCCAGCAGGCUGCACGCGAAAGAUCAUUUGCUCCACCAACGUCGCGGAGACCUCCGUCACCGUUCCGGACGUCACCGUGGUCAUUGACACGUGCCGGGAACGGAGGAAUCAGGUGGAUCGUCACAGCAAUACGCCGGUUCUUCGGGAGCAAUGGUGCGCGUUGGACUCCCUGAAACAGCGCCGUGGCCGUGCAGGCCGUGUGCAGCCAGGCGUGUGCUUGCGCCUCCUUCCCGAGAGGCAUUUGGAGCGGAUGGAUGCGAUUUCUCCACCAGAGAUGCAGCGAGUGCCCUUGGAGAAUGUGUACUUGCAGGUCUGUGCCAGUGGAUAUGAUGACAGGGCUGCCUUCCUAGCCUUGACCCCUGACCCACCGGACAAAACUUCGGUGGAGUUCGCAGAGGCGGCUCUUCGAGAUCUGAAUGCCUUGGAUUCGAAGCAACCGGAUGGCCUCACCCCGCUCGGUCGGCACCUGGCAGCCUUGCCGUGCCAUCCUCGGCUGGGAAAGAUCCUGGUGCUAGGCUGCUUGCUGGGUGUGCCGAGCCCUUGCUUAAGCAUUUGCGCAGCAAUGUCGGUGCGGAAUCCAAUGAUGACAACGCAGGACACCACCAAGCGGGCGAGUUGGCAGACCGCGAGGAUGGAGAUGGUGGGGGAGAUUGGCACCCGAAGUGAUCAUUGCGCGUGGGCGCACAUCAUCCAGGAAUGGCGCUUUGGUGACAUGAAACAGCGCGAGCUGUGUCGCAAGCUGGGCCUGUCCUUUGAGCGAAUGUGCUCCUCCAUGUUUGAGCGGAAGCAUUUGAUGGAGUCUUUGAUGCAAGUGGGCCUCCUGCCCACCAGCUUCAAGGAUGAUGAAAUCAUGAUGAAAGACAAGAUGCCGGACUGGAGUUUGGUGAAAGCUGCCGUGGUUGGGGGGCUUUAUCCCAACAUCGUGAACGUGGAGCGACGUGCUAAUUCUGGCAGGUAUCAGACUGGCAACUUUGGUGACAAGGCAAAGCUCCUUCAGUACGCCAUGAUGCACAGGUCAACCGACCCAAAGAACAACUACCGGAAGAGCGUGUACCUGCAUCCCAACUCCUUGAUGUUUGGGUAUGACCAGUUUCAUACUCCCUGGCUUGCGUUUUACACAAUCCAGCAGACCACCAAACUCUAUGCUUAUGAUGUCUCUGAAGCGAGCCCCUUUGCGUUGCUCCUCUUCGGCCAAGAACUCACCUACAACAAGGUGACCCAUUCGUUGCAGGUGGGUGGCUUCGCCAGCUUCCGGUGUCGUGGUGGAGAGCAGCUGAUGCCUCUCUUACAGGCAGCUCGGCGAGCAAUCCAGGAUGUCCUGGAGAGGAAGCUCGAGGACGCGACAUGGGACCUCACCACUUCCAAGGAGCUGCAAGUUUGCAUACAGCUUUUGCGGUGUAACGGGUUAGGCUUCCAGAAGCCAGAUCCGAAGGAUUUUGUGAGGACUGCACCCUCAGAGGCGCGUGAGUUCAAUGAACACGAGAAUGAGACGGCCUUCAUGAUGCGGAAGGAUGAUGAGCAACAGGAACGCAUGAAGAAAGUGUGGGCCGAUGCUGCAAAGCAAGCCGCGUCGUGA